AUGGACAAGGUCCUGCUGGCCUGGUGCUUGGCGCUGUGCUGCUGGGCUUUCGUGGCCCUCAGGGGCGCACAGGGUGAGGCAAACCCCUUCGUGGCGAGCCCCGGGAACAUCACGGGUGCCCGGGGACUCACAGGGACCCUCCGCUGUGAGCUCCAGGUCCAGGGAGAGCCCCCUGAGGUGACAUGGCUCCUAGAUGGACAGGUCCUGGAGCUAGCGGACAGCACCCAGACCCAGGUGCCCCUGGGAGAAGACGGCGAGGAUGACUGGAAAGUGGUCAGCCAACUCAGAAUCUUGUCCCUUCAGCUCUUGGAUGCAGGGCGGUACCAGUGUGCGGUGGUCGUGGGAGGAAAGACCUUCCUGUCGAAGCCUGGCUACGUGGGACUGGAGGGCCUACCCAACUUCCUGGAAGAACCAGAAGAUAGGACUGUGGUCGCCAAUACUCCCUUCAACCUGAGCUGCUUGGCCCAGGGACCCCCAGAGCCGGUGAACCUGCUCUGGCUUCAGGAUGCUGCCCCCCUGGACACUGGCCAUGGCUCCCAGCACAUCCUGCAAGUUCGGGGUCUGAACAAGACGUCCUCUUUCUCCUGUGAAGCCCAUAACGACAAGGGAGUCACCACAUCCCGCACAGCCACUAUCAAAGUGCUCCCCCAGCAACCUCGAGACCUCCACCUAGUCUCCAGAUGGCCCACGGAGCUGGAGGUGGCUUGGACCCCAGGCCUGAGCGGCAUCUACCCCCUCACCCACUGCACCCUGCAGGCUGUGCUCUCCGACGACUGGCCUGGCUGGAACGAUUGGAUUGGCAUGUGGGAUGGAGAACCUGGCUCCCCAGAAAAACCCCUCACAUUGCAAGCCUCUGUGCCCCCCCACCGACUUCGCCUGGCUGGCCUCCACCAUCACACCCCUUAUUACACCCGGGUAUCAUGUGCCAGCAGCCAGGGCUCCUCUCCCUGGACCCACUGGCUCCUUGUGGAGACCUCAGAGGGAGUGCCUCUGAGCCCUCCAGAGAACGUUAGCGCCAUGAGGAAUGGAAGCCAGGCCUUUGUACGUUGGCAGGAGCCAAGGGCACCCUUGCAGGGCACCCUGUUAGGGUACCGGCUGGCCUAUCGAGGCCAGGACACCCCUGAGGUGCUCAUGGACGUCGGCCUGAAGCAAGAGGUGAUUCUGGAGCUUCGAGGGGAAGGGACUGUGUCCAACCUGAAAGUGUCCGUGGCAGCCUACACCGCUGCUGGGGACGGGCCCUGGAGUGUCCCUGUGACCCUGGAGCAGUGGCGCCCAGGGCAAGGACAGCCAAUCCAUCAGCUGGUGAGCGAGCCCCCAACCCCUGCCUUCUCAUGGCCCUGGUGGUAUGUACUGCUGGGAGCAGUUGUGACCGCUGCCUGUGUCCUCUUCUUGGCUCUGUUCCUCAUCCACCGCCGGAAGAAGGAGACCCGCUAUGGGGAGGUGUUUGAACCAACAGUGGAGAGAGGUGAACUAGUGGUCAGAUACCGCGUCCGCAAGUCUUACAGUCGCCGGACCACUGAAGCUACUUUGAACAGCCUGGGCAUUAGUGAAGAGCUGAAGGAGAAGCUACGUGAUGUGAUGGUGGACAGGCAUAAGGUGGCCCUGGGGAAGACCCUGGGAGAAGGAGAGUUUGGAGCCGUGAUGGAAGGUCAACUCAACCAGGAUGACUCUGUCCUCAAGGUGGCUGUAAAGACGAUGAAGAUUGCCAUCUGCACAAGGUCUGAGCUGGAGGAUUUCCUGAGUGAAGCUGUCUGCAUGAAGGAGUUCGACCACCCCAACGUCAUGAGGCUCAUUGGCGUCUGUUUCCAGGGCUCUGAACGAGAGGGCUUCCCAGCUCCUGUGGUCAUCUUGCCGUUCAUGAAACACGGAGACCUCCACAGCUUCCUCCUCUAUUCGCGGCUUGGGGACCAGCCAGUGUUCCUACCCACUCAGAUGCUGGUGAAGUUCAUGGCAGACAUCGCCAGUGGCAUGGAGUACCUGAGCACCAAGAGAUUCAUACACCGGGACCUGGCCGCCCGGAACUGCAUGCUGAACGAGAACAUGUCCGUGUGUGUGGCGGAUUUUGGGCUCUCCAAGAAGAUCUACAAUGGGGACUACUACCGCCAAGGACGCAUUGCAAAGAUGCCGGUCAAGUGGAUCGCCAUUGAGAGCCUGGCCGACCGCGUCUACACCAGCAAAAGCGACGUGUGGUCCUUUGGGGUGACGAUGUGGGAGAUUGCCACUCGGGGCCAAACCCCGUACCCGGGCGUGGAGAACAGCGAGAUUUACGACUACCUGCGCCAAGGAAACCGCCUGAAGCAGCCCGUGGACUGUCUGGAUGGACUGUAUGUCCUGAUGUCUCGUUGCUGGGAGCUAAACCCCCGGGACCGGCCAAGUUUUGCUGAACUUCGGGAGGAGCUAGAGGACACGCUGAAGGCUCUGCCUCCCGCCCAAGAGCCUGAUGAGAUCCUCUAUGUCAACAUGGAUGAGGGUGUGGGUCAUCCUGAACCCCCUGGAGCUGCUGGAGGAGCUGACCCUCCCACCCAGCCUGGCCCUAAGGAUUCCUGCAGCUGUCUCACUGCGGCAGAGGUCCACCCCGCUGGACGCUAUGUCCUCUGCCCUUCCACAGCCCCCGGCCCCACCCUACCUGUCGACAGGAGCUCCCCAGCACUCCCAGGGCAGGAGGAUGGAGCCUGA